GGCAUGAAACGCAACAGAGUGAAGCCAAACUGGUUCUGCUCGAUCAGAAGAGACACAGUGUCGCAAACCCUAAUUGCAGCUCAACCACGACGAAGACUUUCGUGCUUUUAGCACCAUUCUGGCUGCUCAUUAGUCUCAUACACUGCAAUUGAAUUGGGUCUUGUAGAAAACAGAGGGAGACGAACAAGAUUCGAGAAGCUUCAGGGCGUGGAGCUCGAACCAGGUCUCCGUCUCAGAUGACGGUAUAAGGAAACAGAUUAUAUAUGAAUUUGUGAGUUUGGGGGAAUGGUGAGUUCUUGUAUAAGUAAUUCGAGAUAUACGUACAUACAUGGCUCCAAGUGGCCUAAUGAAGCAGUUGACGUGCACCAAGUCAUUGUUAAAAAGAGUGGUGCAAAGGGGUUCUUAGUCUACUUCUUCGCUCUCGCUAUUCUAGCAAACGCUUUCCAUCUUUUCUUAGUUAAGGGCGGUUCAGUUAUCAUUCUUUUAUGGAGUUUCCUUUUAGAUGCAUUCCUUGUAAAGUUGCUUUGGAAGAGUGUUACAAAAGAGUCCGUUGUGGUUAUGCCAGCUUUUGGAGUUCAACUUGAAACACAUUUUAAGAGUGGAAAAGUUACUCGUCGCUUUGUUCCCAUUGACAAGAUCUUGAAACCUGUGCUCCUAGAAUGUGUGACUCCCGUUACUUGUUACUGGAGCCUGUCUUUCAUUGUACAUGGAGAAGCAGAUUUGGUGCUAGUUUUUAAGGAAUUACGUCCCCCUAUGAAAAUGUUGGUCCCCAUCUGGAAGGCCUUGUGUGCUGCUACUGGUAGUAAAGAAAGCUUAGACACAUGUAGGGAAGACGGAUGAUGAGGAUCAUGAAGUUUGCAUUCGAACUUUGGUGCGCUCAAGCAACUCUCACGAUCAAUCAGGUCCCUAGGAUUCCAACCGGUACAACUUCUAUUUCCAGUCAGGGAAUGGGGAGGAUGAUGAAGAGAUUGUGAUUUGUACAAGACCAGAGGCAAUUCCUUUAUUCAAUCAGUUACAGAAGUCACACUGUACAAUUUUCUGAUGUAGGUGAAAUCAAAUGUAAAUUCUUUUGGUAAUGCGACAUUGGGGCGUAGCAAUCUAACCAGUGCUCGAGUUGAUCUCAUUUAGAACUGGAAACUGUUCCCCUUUCUCUUGUCUUUUGUUUCUUUGGCUGUCGUUAUGACUUGAGGCUGAUGCUGCUUGCUCAAUGGAUGAUUCAGUUGC